AUGUCGGACAAUAACGCAGCUACCGAGGCAGUCGGCGAGAGCCCGUUGGCGGCACCAGCCGUGGGCAGUGAGAAAUCGCCGAAAAAGGCAGGCGGCAAAUCAGCGGCGGCAGCAGCAGCAGCGAAGAAGCCGAAAAAGCCCGCCAACCAUCCACCGGUUAACGAGAUGAUAGUGGCCGCCAUCAGGACGCUGAAGGAGCGCAACGGUUCAUCGCUGCAGGCCAUCAAGAAAUACCUGGCCGGCAACUACAAGGCGGAUGUGGCGAAGCUAACUCCGUUCAUCAAGAAAGCGCUGAAGAACGGUGUCGUCAAGGGCCUGUUUGUGCAAACGAAGGGCACUGGUGCGUCGGGCUCGUUCAAGAUCCCCCCAAAGGCCAAAAAGGAGUUCACCGGGGAGAAGAAGAGUGGCUCGUCGGCUAAGAAAGCACCAGCAGCAGCGAAAAAGGGUACCGCUUCCGGGGAUAAGAAAUCCAAGAAGGCAGCCGCCGAGAAGAAGCCGAAAAAGGCUACCGCUGCUGCUGGCAAGAAGAAAGCUGCCGCUGCUACCGGGGAGAAAAAUACAGCAACCGCAGCCAAAAAACCGAAAGCUGCUGCUGCUGCUGCUGCUGUGAAGAAGGUGGUGGCCAGCGAGAAGAAAACCAAGGCAGCGAGUGCCAAGGCUGCCAAGAAGACCGGCAGUGUGAAGAAAGCUGCUGCUACCGCCCCGAAGCAAAAGCCAACGAAACCCUCGAAAACCGCCGCACAGAAACCGAAAACGCCAAAGCCAAAGAAAGCAGCAGCAGCUCCGAAAAAAGCUACCGCUGCCAAAAAGUGA